AUGUGGAGUAAGUGGUUGUGCUUGGCUGAAUUCUGGUACAACACUUCUUUGCAUUCGGCCAUUGAGACAACACCCUUUGAAGCUUUAUAUGGGUAUCCUCCACUGGUUCAUAUACCCUAUUUUAAAGGAUCAUCAGCGGUGCAUGACGUGAAUGUGAGCUUGGUUGCUCGAGAUGCUAUGAUUGAAGUCUUGAAGCACCAUCUACUCCGUGCACAACAACGUAUGAAGCAGCAACAUGACAAGCACCGUUCGGAGAGGAAGUUCGCCAUAAGGGGAUUGGGUUUAUUUGAAAUUACAGUGGUGGAUAAAUUUGGUGAGGUUGCAUACAAAAUCCAGCUCCCACCAGACUGCAAAAUCCAUCAUGUCUUCCACGUUUCCCAAUUGAAGAGGAAGAUGGGGCAUCUGACUCAGCUGCAGGGUUCCUUACCAACGAUGGGGAAUUCAACUUUCCUCGAGCCUGUCCAGAUUCUGGAGAGUAGGUUGGUCAAGAGAGGCAAUUGCCCAGCUACUCAGGUUCUUGUUCAUUGGGCGAACUCUUUCCCGGAGGAUGCUACUUGGAAGUACUUGCAUGAUUUGGAGAAGCGAUUUCCUCAUUUUAAACCUUGA